AUGGCUCCCGCUGUUAUUGAUCCGCUUCCUCGGGUUGCGUCUCCUAUUCAACGACCCUCUCCGUCAUAUCCUCUCAAAUCUUCCCAAUUCAGUAUCCAGGAUGGAUCUGGUGUAGCAUCGCCAGUUCGCACACCAACGGCAUCUCUACCAACUGUAGUCGACGCCGCUGCGUUAGAGACUGCAUCCAAGAUACUCAAUAUUAUCCACCGCUAUCGCCUCAAUAAAUCUCCAACUGCCCCAGAAAAGGCUGAUGAAGGCGCUCUCAAGUUUCUCGCCGUCAUCUACAACCAUGUCAAGUCCGGCAAGGCUGUUCCUAUGUGUUUGCCCGCUUUCCCAUUCAAGUCUCCCAACUCCAUGAGCAAGGUUAUGGGCAAACUCCCAGACCGAGCAGAGGAGCUGGCCCUUGCCCACAUGAACGGUCUUUGCGCUGCCAUUCAAGGAAUCUAUCCUCCUGGAGCCAAGCUCACCAUCAUCUCCGAUGGUCUUGUAUACAACGAUUUGCUCGGAGUGCCCGACAAAGACGUCUGGAAUUACGGCCAGACUCUUCGCGCCCUCGCUAUUGAGAAGGGCUUCGAGCACAUCAGCUUCUCCCGCCUGCGCGAUCUCGUUUCUAUCAAUCUGCCCGAUGCCCUCGACGAGAUGACCUAUGUCGCCAACGCCACAAACUUUCGCCGCGUACUACUCAAUACAUUCAGCCGCCCUGACUGGGAUUGGGACGUUGUUAGUCAGAGCGAGGAUGUCUGCCUCACAUAUCGUGGAUAUCUCAAGUUCUUGGAAACCGACCUGGCCACAGUUUACCCUAUUGAAGGAGACCGUACCAAGUCGCAGUUCAGAAAGGGCCUCAAGUACAUCGCCAGAGAGAUGAUGGCUCGUGGUGAUGCAUUUGCCAGCGCUGUCCGACAAAAGUAUCCCGACCACGUCCGGCUCUCUAUUCAUCCUUCGACUGGUGCUGUGAAGCUCUCCAUCAGUCUUCUUCCUACCUCCAGCAUGUACACAACCCCCUGGCACUGCAGUGUGGCAUACAUGUUGGACGGACAAGUAAUCUCGGGCAUGCGAAAGGAUUUCGAAAAUGACGAACGCCUGGAACUUGUCUAUGAGAACGACCGCCCAAGCUAUUUCAGAGAAAAGUCCGAUUUGUUGUCCUGGGGAUUUGAAAACGGUGGCAUAACCUGCACACCUAUUUAUCCCACAGGCUGGAUGAUCAAACCAGCUUCGGGUCACGGCGCAUUGUCCAUUAAGCACGUGGACGCCUUCAAAGUCCGCGCACUAUCCGAGAUCAACUCUCCUAUCGUCCUGCGCGGCUUUGCCAGAUCAACACACCGAGAUCUGUACCUCGAUAAGGCGCAUCAGUUUGGAGAGCCUCUGCCGUGGAAGUUUGGUCUUGUUCUCGAAGUCAAGGAUCAGGGGGAUAACACUCGUGGUCUCAACAACGUUCUCUCAGCUGAGUGGAUGCCAUUCCACUACGAUGGCUUAUUCAAGACUGCCAAACAAACGAACGCGGAGGGGCAAGAGGUCCUAGUCUCGACGCCGCCUCGAUUCCAGUUCUUUGUCGGAGCUACCGCCUCUCCAAAGGAUACUGGCUUCACUCUGUUUUCCUCUUCAACUUCCGUCUUCAACCUCUUGCCUUCCUGGUUAACCGUUGAGUACUUGUCAACAUUGACCUGGUCUGUAUCAACCUCCUCCUUUGAUGCUACCGUUCUCAAGAAUAUCCCAUUGGUUGUUUCACAUCCCGUCACUGGAAAGCCUUGCUUGCGGUAUCAUGAGCCAUGGCCUUCUACGAAGACCAAAUUUGAUGCCACACAUGUUACAAUCGAGGGUGUUACAGAGGAUGAGAGUACGCGCAUCUGCGCAGCUCUUGAUGAGAUCCUUCACGACCGUCGCGUCGCCUACUACCAUGCAUGGGAUAAGGGAGACAUGGUUAUCAGCGACAACAUUCUCAUGAUGCACACAAGAAGCGAUUUCCAGUCUGGCUGUGACCGAGAGCUGUGGCGCAUCCAUUUCGACUGA